AUGGAAAGGAUUUUUGUAUUGUUUUGUUUAUUAUAUAUCAGCGAAGUAUUCACAUUACCUUACGACGUUCACUGGCUAAGUGGUUCUGCAACUAUAGAUCGUGAUAUACAACCCUUAAAGCAAAAUGUAGAUGUAUAUUGUUAUACUGGUUCAACGAAAAAUUUAAUAGCAUUAUGGCAAACAGCAAAGUUCCAUAUAAAGAUAAAGGAUGACGAGUUCAGCCAAUAUAUUGGUGAUAAUCCCGAGCAAGUGUACAAUGACUAUAAAGAGGAUAGCUAUGGCUGGGCGGUCGUGAAUCCCUUCCUAAAAAAAUCCUACCGAACUGUAUCACUUGACAUUUUCACACCGACUUGUAUGGCGAUUAAUACUAAACAGAAGCAUAGCAUUGAAUUGCAGAUACAAAGAAUAGAUUUAUUUAGGGUUCUAAUGAUGUUAAUUGGUAUCAGUGCUAUAUUUGCAUCCCGAUCACUAAGUGGUAACCCUGUUUUCUUUUACCUAUGUGGUAUUAUUGUGGGUGUGUCAGCCUCGUUUAUGCUUCUUGUGUAUUAUGUCAGCAAGCUACUGCCAAAAAAAACCUUAACAUAUGGUAUAUUAAUAGGAGGUUGGACUGUCGGUGUAUACAUAUUCCAGCAGAUGUGGGAAAAUAUACGCAGUAUUGUAACAACAUAUCAAGCAUAUUUAUUUUGGUACACUCUACUCGUUGGAUUCAUUAGUUUUGUGGUCUGCUAUAGGAUUGGCCCACCAAAAAAUCAGAGAAGCAAAAAUCUUGUCAUGUGGACAUUACAAGGCUUGGGUGCAUUCACUAUAUUCUUCAGCAGCCAGUACCAAGAGGCGUCUGCAGCGGUGGCCGUGGCCACACUUUUAGUGAAGUACUUCCCACAGUCGCUGAUCAUAGCUGUACAGGGUUACUGGCGUCGUAAGUUCCCGCCUAAACCGAAGCUGCUCACAAGUGAAGAGUAUUACGAAGAGGGGGCUCGUGAAACUAAGAAGGCACUGGAUAACCUUAGAAAAUACUGCUCCAGCCCGGAUUGUGCUCAGUGGAACAUAAUGCUAAAGUUACACGACGCCAAAAGAUUCGCAAGUUUCGUAGAAGGCAAUUCACAUUUGAGUGACGACGAGGUGUUAGAUUAUGAAUCGUAUGCAUUCUCAAUGGAACGUUCAAAAUCUAUCUCAAAUUCCACCAGAGAUAUGGAAAUAUCCGAUGACGAUUCCACGGAAUACGACGAAGAUGAUUGA